AUGCGCAACACACUAAUCUUUGCAGGCAAUUCAUGCCCGGUGCUCACAGGUCAAAUCUGUGAAAACCUGGGCAUGCACCCUGCCAGCGCCGAGCUUACUCAGUUCUCCAAUUUGACCAAGGGUGAAACGAGCGUCAGAAUUUUGACAAGUGUCCGAGAGAAGGAUGUCUUUGUUGUCCAGUCGGGCAGCCCUAGCAUCAAUGAUUCCAUCAUGGAGCUUCUCAUCAUGAUCUCGGCCUGCAAAGGCGGUUCUGCUAACAAAGUCACUGCCGUCCUUCCUUACUUCCCUUACAGUCGGCAGUCCAAGAAGAAGUCGCAUAGAGGAGCGAUUACUGCUCGCAUGCUUGCCAACUUGUUGGGGGUUGCUGGCGUUAAGCACGUGAUCACUGUCGACCUCCAUGCUUCUCAGAUGCAAGGCUUCUUCAAGUGUCCCGUCGACAAUCUGCAUGCAGAGCCUAUCCUCGCCAAGUGGAUCCGUCACAGCGUGCCUAACUGGCGCGAUUCGGUCGUGGUCUCCAAAAAUGCUGGAGGAACCAAGCGUGUGACAUCGCUUGCGGAUGCUCUUAAGCUCAACUUCGGAAUUAUUACCACCGAUAGGAAGCGUGUCAGUAAUAUGACGACUAGCAUGAUCAUGCGACAUUUUGAUCACAUUGUUGAGCGCCAGCCAACGCCGCUGGAGUCUAACCGUCCUAUUCCUUAUCGUGGACCACCAACUUCUGAACGCUUUGCCGAAUCCGAAGUCACCCCUAAGAGGGAAACAACUCCUCCUCGGACUUCACGAAUCAUGACGAAUUCACAGGGUUCACCCACACGGGUUAAUACCUCUGCUCGCUCAUCCACUCCCAACGCUGCCGAGGCUGAGGAUCCCAACACCACACCUCCUGCAGGAUCGCCUGAUCCUACGAACAGCGGCGAAACGGACUAUGAUGACCAUAAGGCGUCCGAGGUCACACAGGGUCGUUUGGUUCAAGGUCGAAUUGUCGAGGAUGACUUCCCAUCUCCUGAUCGAUCAGUUAUCGAUGGCAGCGUUGAGGAUGAUCCUAUGACAAUGUCCCAUGCGUCGUCGUUCUUCGUUGAGCCCCAGUCUCUUGGAGGAUCUGGCGAUGCCGCAGCAAGCUCCGAUGAAGAGGACAACGCGUUCGAAGAACCUGGUGCUGAACAUCUCAUCACCCUGGUUGGAAACGUCAAAGGUCGCACUGUGUUGAUCGUGGAUGACAUGAUCGACAAGGCCGGCUCUUGGAUCGCUGCCGCAGAGACUGUGGUCAAGAAGGGUGGAGCCAAGAAGGUUUACUGCAUGGCCACUCAUGGUGUGUUUGGCAGUGACAGUCUGGAGCAGCUGCAAGCAUGCGAGUGCAUCGACCAGAUUGUUGUCACUAACAGCUUCCCCAUUGAUAAGGACAGGGCACGCAACAUCAGCAAGCUUGUGGUUCUCGACCUUUCGUUCUUAUUGGCUGAAGCCAUUCGACGUAACCACUACGGCGAGGCUCUCUCCCCUCUCUUUCAACACUAUGGUGACUAG